AGCAAUCGCCAUUUCAAAAUACCGAAGCUUUAUUGGGCUGUUUAGUUUGUUCAUCGACGGAGUUUAAAUAAAGAGCCGGAUUAUUUGAAUAACAGUCAAGGUAAAGAGAACGAGGAGUUGUUUUCUGGUAGACUGGUUGUGAUGGAGCUGCCCAACUACAGCAGGCAGCUGAUGCAGCAGCUCCGCGCCCUGAGGAAGGAGAGUCAGUUCUGUGACUGCUCUAUUCUGGUGGGGGACACACCCCAUCGCGCCCACAAACUGGUGCUGGCUGCCUCCAGUCUGCUCUUUAGGUCUCUGCUGGAGGGCUCGGACAGCAUCUCCAUUGACACAGCUGUGGUGUCGUCCCCGGAGUUCUCCUGCCUGCUGGACAUGGUGUACACCGGAAAGCUGCCCCCAGGGAAACACAACUUCACCCGCAUCAUUGCCGCCGCAGACAGCCUGCAGAUGUUUGACGUAGCUGUGGGCUGCAAGAACAUUCUCACCAACCUGAUGAAUCAGUCGACGACCACCACACACACUACACAACCAGCCUCACCGACCUCACCACCCGCCAUCACCACCCAACCACAGCUCCAGAGCCAAGAGGCCGAGCACACAGCUUCCCCAGAAACAGCUGUACCUAGCAUGGGAGAGGAUGGUAUGAAGAUUGACCCCUCUGGAGCCCAGGGGAAGGAAGAGGUGGAAGAGGCAGGUUUGGAGAGUGAAGUGACUACAGCAGCCACACAGAGCGAGCCAGUGAAUGUGAAAGAGGAGAGGAAAGAGAAGGAUGGGCCACCAUCUAAAAGAGCUCGCCUUCAACUUCCAGAGAGCACAGCUGACGUGGACCCCAUGUCCCAGGGAGGAGUCAAGAUGGAUACAGGGGUGGUGGAUGUGCGGCAGUGGCUCAGAGCACUGCAGACCUGGGACGGCAUCUCCACCGAGGAGAGACAGGUGAUACUGUCCUGCAGUGAGGGGGAUCCAGGGGGUCCUGCUGUGUUUCAGAGGCUUCAAGGCAGGGUGAAGGAGCAGAGGAGUCUCUCAGCCCAGACACUACUCACGCUGAUGGGUCUGCUUAAGGAGUUUCACCCCAAUCUGGCAACCCAGCUGCAUGAGCACACUCAGCAAGGAGAGGACACCAGCCAGGGAGCUACAGGCUCCGAGGCUGAAGAGCCGGAGGAGCAGCCCCUGUCGCCCACUACUGCCGACGCAGACACCGUCGAGGAGGAAGAAGAAGAGGAGGAGAUUGAAGAGGACGGUGAGAAAGAAGGAGAAGGGGAGAGGAAGACUAGAUCCAGAGCUAAGCGCUCCUCCCCCUCUCGUCCGUACUUGUGUCGCUGGUGCAGUAAGGCCUUUGGUUUUAAGUGUCGUAUGGUGGCCCACACCAAGCGCUGCACCAUGUCCAAGGAAGCUAGGCUGCAGUGCCCUGAGUGCCCAGAGGAGCUGCCCACAUCGCGGGCACUACAGCUCCACCGCAACAAGGCCCACCCAGAGUCCAAAGCCGCCAAAAAGAAACGGCCGCAGGUGUCCUGUGAUAUGUGUGGUAGGACCUUCGCUCACCCCUCAGGUAUGCUGUACCACAAACGCACAGAGCACUUUGAGGAGAAGCCGUUUGCGUGUGAGGAGUGCGGGGCCAAGUUUGGGGCCAACUCGUCUCUGAAGAACCACAUGCGACUGCACACUGGAGAGAAGCCUUACCACUGCAAAAACUGUGACAUGAGCUUUAGUGUGGCUGCCGCUCUGGCCUACCACACCAAGAAGAAACACUCCGAGGGUAAAAUGUAUUCAUGUCAGUACUGCGAGGCUCUGUUUGCCCAGUCCAUUGAGCUGACGCGUCACGUGCGCACACACACCGGAGACAAGCCCUACGUAUGCAGGGAGUGUGGCAAAGGCUUCAGCCAGGCCAACGGGCUCUCUGCUCACCUACAGACCUCUCACAACAUCUCUGAGCCUCAUGACUGUCAGAAGUGUCGUCUCAGUUUCUCCACACUGGAGGACCACAGGAAGCACAUCCAGGAGUGUCACCCGAAGGAGUACCACCGGUGUCCUGAGUGCAACAAGAUGUUCACCAACCCCUCCCUGCUGGAGAAACACAUAGCCGUCCACGCUGGGGGCAAACCAUUCAGCUGCAAGCUCUGCCAGAAGUCCUACCAGCAAAUGUCGGGACUGUGGUAUCAUAACCGUACCAACCACCCGGAAGUGUUUGCUGGUCAGACCCACCGGCAGCUCAAGUCUCUGCUGCAGUGCAGCGUGUGCUGCAAGUUCCUCCACAGUGCCAGUAGCCUGGCUAAGCACCAGAAGACAGAGCACACAGGCAUGUUUGAUUCUGACGGGCUGCUGGUGGGGAAUCCGGACCUGCAAUCAGACUUGUCAGUGGUGAAGUGCCUGUACUGUCCUGGCCUGUUCCCCAGCGAGGCUGAGAUGCAGGAGCACGCCAGCACUGAGCAUUUCAGCCAAGAAGGGGCAGCAUUCGGCUGUUCUCUCUGCCCGCUGGUCUGCCCCUCCCAGCUUCAGCUCCAGGAGCACUUCCUUUCCUGCCACAUAGGGACAAUAGAGGAGCAGGAGCAGGCCUCCACCUCUCAGAUGGUGAUUGAGACAGAGGAGGACCCCGCUGGCAUGGCGGGACAAGUGAUAUCUGUGGACCAAUCCCAGCAGGUGUAUGUUGCCCUGGGAGACGCGGAGGACGGUCACUCCAGCACUGAGGUGAUGGCGGUCAGCAUGGAGGAUUUGUUGAACGGAACCGUCACUUUCAUUUGUGGGGAGGGCCAGUGACGCCUAACCUCUAGUCUCUACUUCCUGGUGAAGUAUGAACUGUCCUAGCAACAUUGGGCAGCUUGGAAUGAAUAAAACUAACUUAUGCUACACCAAGGGACACUGGUUUUGUAUCCUGUUUGAUUUGUAAAUAUUGAGAAGUGUGUACGUUGAUACAUUAAGCAAUGAAGUGUAACCUCUAAACCCUCA